AAGACAAAAGCGAUCUUCUUCUCCUUCCCACUCAACCAACUUCGAAUCUUCUCAUCCUCUCUCUAUCUCAGGCCUGUUCGAUCACUCAGUGAGCCAUGAAGUCCAAUCAAAUCGCAGAGACCACGGAGACUCGGUUCUUAGGGACCAUUUCGGCUUCGUCGAUCGGAAACCUUCUUCCGAGAUCCAUCUCCAAGCAUAAGUCUAACUCUUCAAACUUCAAUUUAUCCAAAUUCAACGCAGAGAACGCUCCGCCGACCGAUCCAAACAUCCAGACUGCUGAUCCCCAAGCCCAUUUGGCGACCGAAUCCUCACCAUCCAAAAUAUUGACUUCGCGGCACCCGAUCGCCAGCGAAGCACGGGUACCACUGGCUCCGUCAGUAACGGAUGAGAUUGUAGGUUCGGAUGGUCAGUGUGAAGUAUUGGCACCUCCGGAUCCACCAGUAAAGGUGGUUGUGAGAAUCAGGCCUGAUAAUGGAGGGGAUAGGACGGUUAAGAAAGUCUCGUUGGACACAUUGUCUGUUGGUGAUCGGAAAUUUACAUUCGAUUCUGUUUUUGAUUCCAAUGCGAAUCAGGAAGAUGUAUUCCAGUUAGUUGGAGUCCCCUUGGUUAGAAAUGCUUUAGCUGGUUACAACACUUCAAUUUUGUCAUGCGGACAGACUGGAAGUGGAAAGACUUACACGAUGUGGGGUCCGCCAAGCGCCAUGGUUGAGGAUCCCUCGGCUAGUAGUCGCCAGGGCAUUGUUCCUCGCAUCUUCCAAAUGUUGUUCUCCGAGAUUCAGAGAGAGCAAGAGAACUCCGAAGAGAAACAUAUUAAUUAUCAGUGCCGUUGCUCUUUUCUUGAGAUAUACAAUGAACGAAUUGGCGAUUUACUUGAUCCAAUGCAGCGAAAUCUUGAGAUGAAGGAUGAUGGGAAAAAUGGAUUGUAUAUUGAGAAUUUGACUGAGGAAUAUGUGACUAGCUAUGAGGAUGUGACACAAAUCCUGAUCAAGGGGCUUUCAAGUAGAAAAGUUGGAGCAACUAGCUUAAAUUCUAAGAGCUCGAGAUCCCAUAUUCUUUUUACUUUUAGCAUCGAGUCUUGGCGUAAGGGAACAUCAUCCGAGUGUUUUAAUAGUUCAAAAGCAAGCAGAAUCUGCCUUGUUGAUCUUGCCGGACUUGAUAGAAAUAAAGGUGACGAUGUCGGUAGACAAGUUGCAAGGGAAGGCAAACAUUUAAAGAGGUCCUUGUCAAAACUUGGGCACUUGGUGAAUAUUCUUGCAGAAGGUGCUAAGUCUGGAAAAUCUGAAGAUGUUUCAUACGGGGAUUCCUGUUUAACAAAUUUACUGCAAGAAUCAUUCGGUGGAAAUGCCAAACUCACAGUUAUCUGUGCCAUAUCCCCAGAAAACAAAAAUAGUUGUGAUACACUGAGAACUCUCAGAUUUGGACAACGGGUGAAAUUCAUUAGAAAUGAGCCGGUAAUAAAUGAAAUCACAGAGGAUGACGUUAAUGAUCUGAGUGAUCAAAUUCGUCAGUUAAAGGAAGAACUUAUAAGAGCGAAGUCUAAUGUCCGUAUAUCAGCAGGGAGUCAAAAUAGAUAUUUUCAAGAACAAAAUGUACGUGAAAGCUUAAAUCAAUUGAGAGUAAGCCUUAACCGUUCUUUGAUCCUUAACCCCAUGGAUAAUGAUUCUGAUGAAGAGAUGAAUGUUGAUGAAGAUGAUAUAAGUGAAAUUCGUCAGCAUCUAGAUAAGCUGCAUAAUUAUGAAGAGGAUAUUAGAGAAGCAUCUAUUAAUAGGGAUUCCAUACAGUUCUAUUCGAUGGACGAAAGUAGUGAGACAGACUCUAUGGAUGCAGAGAGUGAAAUCAAAAGUAUGGAAAAACCUUGGAAUGAACUUCUUCAGAAGGCCAAUGAUGCUUCAGAAGAUAAUUUUGCAAGUGCUUGUAACUCUUUAACAGCUGUUGACCUUGCAUCCAGAGGGAGAAUUUCGAUUAGCUCAUGCUGUCAAUCCCCGGUUCUCCAAGACCCUAUGUUGUCUGAAUCUCCGAAAAUUGGAAAUUCCAAUAGGAAAAGCAUGAACUUGUCAAGUCAUUUAGGAAGUCAGAACUGUGUAUCGGAGAGUUCAAAGUUCAACUUGGAUGUGUUAAGACAGUCCCUCAAACAGGGUGAGCAGAUCAAAUCUUCUAUGCAGUCCAGCAAGACACGUAUAAGCGCCACCGAGACUUUGGCUGCUAGUCUUCAAAGAGGCUUACAGAUCAUUGACUGUCACCAGCGGAACUCGGCAAUAAACAAAUCUUUAGUUUCCUUCUCCUUUGAGCACUUGAGAUUGAAACCCUGUCCAGAAGUUGAUAAGGCCAAUGCAUCUGUUCAGGCGCUACCAGAAGAGAAGCCAUCUUCAAAUGGACCAUCUGUUUCUUUCCUUUGUGCAUCAUGCCAACAGAGAAUAGCUGAGAAGGAUUCCAAUGGUGUCCAUGAUAGCUUGAGGACAUGGAUUGCAGUUGUUGAUGAGGAAGAAAACCCUUCCCAACUGAAAGAUGAAGAUCCUAAAGAUGCAGGGAACACUAUGAGAAAAUCUAGCAAGCGAAUGGUGCUUGAAAAUGUUUGUUUGGAGCAAGCUGCCAAAAUUGAACAGUUGAAUCUACUGGUGGAGCAGUACAAACGUGAGAAGGAAGAAGUCCAUAAUCAAGUAAGCAAUACACUUAGUCUUGAUGAUUCAGAGAAUGAAAGAGUCUCCUUUAAGGAUACCAAGAAUAAUGAUUCUUGUUCACGAAAGGAUGAAGCUUUAAACAAGCUUCUAAGGUGCAAUGCAGUCGAGACUAAUCAGCCAGAGGUUAUAAAGGAAAAAUUUGAAGUGAAGGAAAUCUUGGAACCUGAGUUUGGGAACAGAUAUUUUGAUCUGAAUGAGAAGGAAGCACUUCUCAAGGAAAUUGAGCGGUUAAAAGGCAAGCUGCAGUCAUCUUCUCUUGACAAUACCGAAAUACUGAGAUCCUCUAUGUUGUCCCGAUCGAUGCAACUUCGAAAAAGUGGUGUAGAUAAUCUACAUAGUAAGGAAGAAUUAGAGCUAGAGAGGGAAACGCAAAAAUGGACAGAAAUGGAGAGUGAUUGGAUAUCCUUAACUGAUGAACUGAGAAUUGACCUAGAAUCACACCGGCGACGUGCAGAGCAGGUGGAGAUGGAGUUGAGCUUAGAGAAGAAGUGCACUGAGGAGUUGGAUGAUGCACUUCACAGAGCAGUCCUUGGGCAUGCUAGGAUGGUCGAACACUACGCUGAACUACAAGAAAAGUAUAAUGACUUGGCUGGAAAGCAUCGUGCAAUCACGGAAAGGAUAGCAGAGGUAAAGAGGGCAGCUGCAAAGGUAGGAAAGAAAGGUCCAGGCUCUCGAUUUGCCAAAUCCCUUGUUGCAGAAUUUUCUUCAUGGAGGGUGAAGAGGGAGAGGGAGAGAGAAAUGUUGAAGAAGGAGAACAAGAGUCUUAGAAUUCAACUAAGAGACACUGCAGAAGCUGUUCAUGCUGCUGGAGAACUUCUUGCUAGGCUGAGAGAAGCUGAACAAGCAGCAUCUGUUGCAGAGGAGAACUUCACAAGGGUUCAAGAAGACAAUGAAAAGUUGAAGAAGCAAAUGGAGAAGCUGAAAAGAAAACAUGAGACGGAGAUGAUCACCAUGAAGAAGUAUCUUGCAGAGAGCAGAUUGCCAGAAUCUGCAUUGCAACCACUAUAUCAAGAGGAUUCCGACGUAGCGCACAACAACGCAAACCCACGUUCUGAUCAGGCAUGGAGAUCAGAAUUUGGAGCGAUAUAUAAAUAGCACUAGUAACUCUUCCUACCAAGUAAAAAUCAGCUAUUGAGAUAAGAGUUGGAGGUGAUGGCCAUUGUUGUUUGAUAUGGGCUGGCUUGCAUCAGAUCCUACUCGGGUCCAAUCAUUCAUUCAUUCAUACAAUUAUUUGUUUACUGUAUGUUUAUGCUUUUGUAUAUUUAGGUGUUUAGAGGAAUGCAUUUGCUGACUCUCCCAUGGCAUAUUCAUUCUUUAGAGAUGAUUCUUGGCAUCUGUAAAAUGCAAUUGCCUUAUUCAUUCUUUGUAAACCGGUACACGUCAAAAUAACUUUAAGGUCAAA